UUAAUCCCUAUCUGAGUUUCAUUCGCCGUAUCUAUUAAUGAACAACAAACUUUAGUGAUUUCAACCGCAGAGAAUUACCUUCAAACUUACAAUUUUAGCAUUUUAGAUUCACUUUACGAUUUUCGUAAUAUUCAUCAUUUUCUGACCCGAAAUCCAAUCCAGUUUCCCUCGUACCCAAAGUCCUUUCUCACUCCCAACUAUUCUAUACAUACAUAUAGAUACACGUGUAGAUAUAUAGAGAGAGAAGUUGACAAGAAGACUUUGCACCAAGUUUGAUGUUUUAUGGUGUGAGAUGAGAUAGAAUAUAUUGAUGGGGAAAGGGAGGCCAAGAAAAGUAGAGAAAGGGGUUGUAGGAGGUAAUUCUAGUGGGGGUUUAUCAAGUGGAUGUGGGUCAGUGAACAUACCAGCAGGGCCUGCGUUCUAUCCAACUGAGGAGGAAUUUAAGGACCCUUUAGAGUAUAUAGAGAAGAUCAGGCCCGGAGCUGAGCCGUAUGGGAUUUGUAAAAUUGUGCCUCCAAAAAGUUGGAAACCUCCUUUUGCAUUGGACUUGGAUUUGUUCACGUUUCCAACGAAAACACAGGCGAUUCACCAAUUGCAGGCUCGCUCCGCUUCUUGUGAUUCGAAGACUUUUGUAUUAGAGUAUAACCGGUUCUUGGAGCAGCAUUGUGGGAAAAAGGCGAAGAAGAGGUUUGUGUUUGAGGGGGAGGAGUUAGACUUGUGUAAGUUGUUUAAUGCAGUUAAGAGGUUUGGAGGUUAUGAUCGUGUUGUUAAAGGGAAGAAGUGGGGGGAGGUUUUUAGGUUUGUGCAGCCUCAAAGGAAGAUCACAGAGUGUGCUAAGCACGUGUUGUGUCAGUUGUAUUUGGAGCAUUUGUAUGAUUAUGAAGAGUAUCUUUGUCGAUUGAACAGAGAGAGAAAGAAGGGUUGCAAGAGGGGGGUUAGUGGUUGCAAGAAAUCAGAACCGGAGGUCGAGGUUUCUGGCUGCAAGAGAAGGAGAAAGAAUAAAGCUGGUGAGAGGGUCGAACAAUGUAAACUAGAGGAAGAAGAGCCCACUCAGAUAUGUGAACGAUGCAGAAGUGGGUUGCAUGAAGAAGUGAUGUUGUUGUGUGAUAGGUGUAACAAAGGUUGGCAUAUCUAUUGUUUGUCACCACCUUUGAAGAGGGUUCCUCCUGGAAACUGGUACUGUUUUGAGUGCUUGAAUCCAGAAAAGGAUACCUUUGGUUUUGUGCCCGGUAAGCAAUUUUCAUUGGAAGCUUUCAAGCGCAUGGCUGAUCGGGUCAAGAAGAAAUGGUUUGGAUCAGCAAGUAUAUCACGGGUUCAACUAGAAAAAAUGUUCUGGGAAAUUGUGGAGGGAUCAGUUGGCGAGUUGGAAGUAAUGUAUGGUAGUGACUUGGAUACUUCAGUUUAUGGUAGUGGAUUUCCUCGUGUAACUGAUCAGAGACCUUCUUCUGUCGAAGAUGAUAUCUGGGAUGAGUAUUGCUCAACUCCAUGGAAUCUCAAUAACUUACCCAGGUUACAAGGUUCAAUGCUUCGAGCUGUGCAUCAGAACAUUGCUGGCGUUAUGGUGCCCUGGCUUUACAUUGGGAUGCUGUUCUCUUCAUUUUGCUGGCACUUUGAGGACCUCUGCUUUUACUCUAUGAAUUAUCUUCACUGGGGAGAGCCAAAAUGCUGGUACAGUGUCCCUGGUAAUGAUGCCUGUGCUUUUGAAAAGGUAAUGCAAGAUAGUCUUCCCGAUUUGUUUGAUGCACAGCCAGAUCUAUUGUUUCAGCUCGUCACAAUGCUGAAUCCAUCUGUCCUCCUUGCGAAAAGGGUUCCAGUUUACAGCAUUAUACAGGAGCCAGGGAACUUUGUCAUCACUUUUCCCCGAUCUUAUCAUGGAGGCUUCAACUUUGGUUUGAAUUGUGCCGAGGCAGUCAAUUUUGCUCCUGCUGAUUGGCUACCUCAUGGUGGUUUUGGAUCAGAGCUUUACCGUCGUUAUCACAAAGCUGCUGUACUCUCUCAUGAUGAGCUUCUGUGUGUAGUAGGAAAGGGUGAAUUUGAUAGCAGAGUAUCAACUUACUUGAAAAAGGAAUUGGUUAGGAUACACAAUAAAGAGAAAACUUGGAGAGAGAAGCUUUGGAGAAAUGGCAUCAUUAGAUCUUCUCCUAUGUCACCUCGAGAGCAGCCUGAGUAUGUGGGUACUGAAGAGGAUCCUACAUGUGUCAUCUGCCAACAAUCAUUAUAUCUAUCUGCUGUUGCUUGCAACUGUAGACCACCAGCAUCUGUUUGCCUGGAGCAUUGGGACCGCCUUUGUGAAUGCAAGCCUAACAAACUUUGCCUAUUUUAUCGUCAUACGCUGAAAGAAUUGAAUGAUUUGGUGCUUAGAACUGAUAAAACUAAUUCUGAAGAGACAAGUGGAGAUUCACAAAGCGUUCUGUGCUGGGAAAAAACAGUAACUUUGGCGAAAAAGGCAAAAGGUGGUCAUGUUACGCAUCUGCAGCUUGCCGAAGAAUGGCUUCUAAGGUCACAUGAGGUUCUCAAGAAUUCGUACGACAAGGAUGCUUAUGCAAGUGCACUGAAGGAAGCUGAACAAUUUCUUUGGGCUGGUUCUGAAAUGGAUCACGUGCGGGACAUGGCAAAGAACAUAAUUGAAGCUCAAAAUUGGGUAGAAGCUGUAAGAGAUUGCCUUUCUAAGGUGAAAUUGUGGUCAUGCAAUCGGAACCAUGACACAGAGAGAGUGCGGAUGGAACAUGUUAAGGAGUUGCUGAAGUUAGGCAAUGUUCCUUGCAAUGAGCCCAGCCAUCUUCAGUUGAAGGAAUAUCACCAAGAAGCUAGUAAGCUGAUUGAGGAAAUUAAUUCUGCUCUAUCAGUGAGCUCAGAGAUAUCUGUAGCUGGUUGGGAGGUCUUAUAUUCUAAGGCUCUUGAUUCACCAAUCUAUGUGGAUGAAAGUGAGAAACUAGGACGCAAGCUGUCAGCUGUGAAGGUUUGGGUGGAUAGUGUAAGAAAUUGCAUCUCCGAGAAAUCUCCUGGUGCAGUUGAGGUAGAUUUAAUUUACAAGCUGGAGGCUGAGAUUUUAGAACUAAAACUUCAGCUUCCUGAGGCUGGAUUGCUUUCUGAUUUGACAAGGCAAGCUAAAUCUUGCUGGUCUCAAUGCAAUGAGAUGUUGAAAGAUUCCAUCAGCCUAAAGAAUGUUGAUCUGUUUCUCAAAGAAUGGGAUGGUUUUACUGUUAAUAUUCAAGAACUAAACCUUCUAAAACAAUACUAUAGUGAUGCCAUAUCAUGGGUAUCCCGUGUUAAUCAUGUUCUUGUGAAUGUUCAUGAAAGAGAGGAUCAAGAAAAUGUCGUUGAUGAGUUAACCCAAAUUCAUAGGGAUGGUUUAUCAAUGAAAAUUCAGGCUGAUGAGUUGCCUUGCGUUGAGAUUGAGCUUAAGAAAGCUUGUUGCCGGGUUAAAGCUUUAAAGGCACUUGACUGUGGAAUGUCAAUGGACUUCAUCCAGCAACUGAUAAUGGAGGCAAACGCACUACAGAUUGAAAAGGAGAAGCUAUUUGUUGAUAUAUCUAGAAGACAUGCAGUUGCCUUGCAGUGGGAAGAGAAAGCAAAGCAUGCUCUUGCUAGUAAAGCACAGAUGUCUGAAUUCGAGGAUAUUUUAAGGGUUUCUGAGGAUAUAUGUAUUAUUCUACCUUCUCUUAUCCAUGUCAAGGAUGCAGUGUCAACGGCCAAGGCUUGGUUAGACAAGUUGAAGCCAUUUCUGUCUCAUGAUUUACCCAUCAUAUCAGCCUCAAAUUCUCUCCUCAAAGUUGAGGCCUUAAAGAAUUUGGUGGCUGAGUCAAAGUUGCUGAAGGUAUAUUUGGAUGAAUGUUCAGUUGCUGAAGAAGUUUUAAAGAAGUGCAUUGAGUGGGAGCAAGAUGCCAGCUCUUUACUGCAGGAUGCAGAGAAUUUGUGGAAGAUUGAUAGUAUUGGUGAUGGGAAUACCAGCUGUCUUAUUCCCAGAUUUCAAAAAUGUCUUCUUUCACUAAAGCCCACCAUGGAAGCUGGUUUUUCUUUUGGUCUUGAGCUCAACAUGAUCCCAAAACUUCAAGAUGCUCGUUUCACUCUGCAGUGGUGCAUCAAGACCCUCUCAUUCUCUGCUGUUGUUCCUACCUGUGAGGUGAAUAUUAGUCUUGUUUACAAAAUUAUGAAUAUGCAUUGAUAAAUUUAACAUGAU